AUGGAGGUUAGAUCAGAGGGUUUUCAAGUGAUGUAUGAUAAGCUUCAUGCUCCUGUGAUUCCAAGGAGCUGUUUUCGUUUUUGGUUCAUUCGAGUUUGUUCAAGCAUUGUUCUGUGGACUUGUUUGGUUCAGCUUGUUACAGUGAGUGAACUAUGGCAUUCCAAUUUCUUUUCUGGCUUAACAAGUCAUAUAUAUCACACGAAUCAACGCCCUAUUCAAGACGAUCUUAGACUUACUCAAUCUCAUCCCACUAUACUUCCUGCAAGAAAUUAUACUAGUAAUGGUUUUCUAAGAGUGUCGUGCAAUGGGGGUUUGAAUCAAAUGCGUGCAGCGAUUUGUGACAUGGUGACAGUUGCUCGGCUUUUGAACCUCACAUUGGUUGUUCCAGAGCUUGAUAAGAAAUCCUUUUGGGCAGACCAUAGUGGCUUUGAGGAAAUAUUUGAUGUAAAGCAUUUCAUUGAUUCUUUACAAGAUGAAGUUCGAAUAGUGAAAAGAGUUCCCAAAAAGUUUACUAGGAAAGGUGGAUACUCCACCAUGGCGAUGCCUCCUGUUAGCUGGUCAAAUGAAAAGUAUUACUUGGAGCAGAUUUUACCGCUUUUUGCCAAGCACAAGGUGGUACACUUCAACAAAACAGAUGCACGCCUAGCAAAUAACGGUCUCCCAAUUGAUCUACAGAAACUUAGGUGUCGUGUUAAUUAUCAGGCAAUUAAAUUCACUCCUCAAAUUGAGAAUCUGGGGCAAAAAUUAAUUCAGAUACUUCACGAGAGGGGAUCUUUUGUCGCAUUGCAUCUGAGAUAUGAGAUGGACAUGCUGGCUUUUUCUGGGUGUACUCGUGGCUGCACUAAUGAAGAAGCCGAGGAUCUCAAGCGGAUGAGAUAUGCGUUUCCUUCGUGGAGAGAGAAGGAAAUAGUGUCUGAAGAAAGGAGAUUGCAGGGUCUAUGUCCUUUGACACCAGAGGAGACAGCCUUAGUUAUGCAAGCCUUAGGUUUUGGCCGGGAGACACAGAUCUACAUUGCAGCCGGUGAGAUUUAUGGCGGUGAACGUAGACUUGCACAACUGAGAGCUGCAUUUCCAAAUAUUGUUAGAAAAGAGGCAUUGCUAGCCGUCGAUGAGUUGCAGCAGUUCCAAAAUCAUUCAUCGCAAAUGGCAGCAUUGGACUUUAUGGUUUCAGUAGCCAGUGACACUUUCAUUCCUACCUAUGACGGGAACAUGGCAAAACUUGUUGAAGGUCACCGCAGGUAUAGUGGUUUUAAAAAAUCCAUCUUAUUGGACCGGAAAAAGCUUGUACAAUUGAUUGAUAUGCAUCAAAAUAGAACCCUUCCUUGGAAUGAGUUUGCAGAUGCCGUACGACAUGCUCACGAAAAGAGAAUGGGACAGCCAAGUUAUCGUAGAGUUAUCGCUGACAAGCCAAAGGAAGAGGAUUAUUUCUAUGCCAACCCACACGAAUGCCUUUGCGAGGAAACAAAGUGUGAUGAUUUGCUAGGUCAUCAGAAUUCUCAUCAAGUAAGAUGA